GUGGAGCUUGAGAGCUGGGCCUGGCAGAAGGACCACCUUCAGCAGGCCUCGGGAUUCUUCCACAUCCCCCACAUCUUUGCACGGAGGAGGGUCUUGUCCUUCACUUUCCUGGCUCCUUCUAGGAUGGAACUGCAGACAUGCUAAUCUCACUUUAUAGAUGAGAUACUGAGCCUCUCAGGAGUUAGGAGCUGGGUCCCCAGGUUAUGAGUCAGGGGCUCAGGCUGUACUAGCUCCUGGAUGCACAGGUCCAUGCUUCAUAUUUCCUCCCACGCUUCUUCCCACCCACCCAGGUCGCUGGGGGUGAGGCCUGGUGGGUGCGCUUGGUCUAGUUUCCACGGUGCACCUGGCAGUCUUUAUGGUGCUGCCCUAAGAGGGCCUAGGCCUGAGCCAGGGAGAGAAGAGAUGGGGACAGGGUCUACUAGGGCCCUGUGCACCUAGGGGGACAGGGCUGCUCCCCACCGCCACCCCGCAGUGCUGAGAGGAUCCAGAAGUCUUGGCCCUGCUCAGCUCUCAUCAGCCUCACAACUUCUGCCUCUUCAGGUCUCUUGUUUCAGGGCUUUUCAGCUUUUUCUGAUCCCUUUGCAGCCUUUCUGUAGAGAGGGUGGCCCCUGGAGGAGCGCGACUUUGGGGCCCUUGGGGACUCCUGGACCCACAUAGAGAUGCUGUGGGGCGGGGUGACCACUAAGUCAGAAACCAACUCUCCGCGCAAACCCAAGUCACCCCACGCCCCCUGUCCCGUUCCUCAGGCGGACCUGAGGCGGGGUCUGGUGGGCACUCUGCACCGCCACCCCCGGCACCGGCUGCCGCGGCCACACUGCCCCUGGUCUCCCCGCUUCGCGAGUCCCCGGCCGGACUGGAGUCCGCUCCAGAUCCGUCCCGGGUUUCCUCCGCGGCGCUGGGAUCUCCGCCCCUCGGAGCCGCCGGGCCGCGGCGGCCGCGGCGGAGCGUCGCCCCGGGAGACGCACGCGCCACCUGAACCCUGAUCAGCCGUCCGGCGCUGAACUGCGGCCCAGACCCGGCGUCUGCACUCGAAGUCCCAGUCGGGAUCCGACGGCGCGGCCCAGUCCCGGCUCGUCCUCCGCCCUUGACUCUCGGGGCGCCUAGUGGCCCCCACUCCGCGCCGCGGGCCACCUGCGCUUCUCACCACCGCGCCCCGGGCUCCCGCAGUGCCGUGAAGCUGGAAGCCAACUGGGCCAUAGGCACAUUGGAGGUCCUUAACCCAGAAAAAGAUUCUGCUUCAGAUGUGAAGAUGAUCUCCAAUGUCCAGCCACAGGAGACCCAGGCCAACUCCAGGUCCGGAUUAGGGCUUGAGGUUGAGACCAAGCCUCCAAGGACUGAUCCAGGGCAUGAAGCCCAGGCCAAGUUCUUGCAGGCCGAGCCCAGGACCAGAUCAUGACCGGAGGCAGAGGCUGACCAGUUGGACUUCGGUAGCUACAGAACGGAGUUUGAGGAGGUGCCGGCCAUCUGGAGGGGCGGGGCGGGGCGAGUAAGGGGGUGCAUCUGUGGGGGCUUGAACUACCUCCUGAAUGGCUAUCACAGCUGGCCCCAGGAUCUGUCUCGCCUGGAGGUGCAAGCCAAGGGAAACAGGGGUGUGAUCCCGCUGGAGUCGGUGAACUUGAUCGACGCUGGGGAGGGGCUGCGCUUGGCGCCCUGGGAGCGCAGCAAGAGCGUGGCCCGGCUUCUGCAGAGCUUCUGCUCACAGCUGGUCAAACGACAGCAGCUGGGGGUCAAGGUGGCCCAGGAGCUGAAGGAAUACCGACUCGUGACCCCGCAGGGGAUCCUUUUGCUUUGGUUCAACGCGUUGGCGCUGCUGGCGGGCCUGGGCGCCCGGCUGGCGGUUCUGCAGGCCUCUGGCACCUUGUCGCCGCUGCCAGAGGCCGUGUCCGAGGCAGGCGUUGAAGUGGCACGUCUUCUGCUAUCGCCUUCCGUGCAACGCGACGUGCUCCGGGAGGGACUGGACCCGCAGCCCUACCAUCCCCAAAGAAGCAACCUGCGCCUUCUGGCGGCGAAAGGCCUGGAGUGUCGCGUGGACAGCCUCGCGCGCCUGUGCGUGCUCACGCUGUGCACGAGCCCCUUCCCUACCCCGCAAGGCGGCGACCGCCGGUGGCGCUCCCUCAACAUCUACUGCUUUGGCAGCGACAUUGCGCAGGUGCAGAGCCAGCUGCUGGGGCACCUGCAGCGCCUUCUCACCGGCCUCUACGUCUUGUGCCAACUCUUCCUGACGCCCCAGCUGUGGUCACAGCUGGCUUAUUUACCAGGCCUGGGGCUUGGGCUGGUCCAGAGUUAUAUGGAACAAUACCAGCUGGAGGCCGACACGUGAGGCUUCUCUUCCCAGAGAAAAGCGGAAAAGCACUCAGUGUUGCUUCCUUCCUCAAAUCCCCAGCCAGCCCGUGCCUACCAUUUCCAAGCUCCACCCCCUCAGAAGUUGGCUCUGUCCCCCUACCUUAAGGCAUGUAGGUCCUCCCCUUUCCCUUUUCUCAACUGGGCCAUCUCCUAGCUCCCCCAAAUGCCCUUUCCCACUCCAGACUUGACCUCUGAAGAUGGGGGAGCCCCUUUGCUCCCUAUUACCCACUCCCUUCUCUUCCAAGAAUGAUGGAUCCCUUCAGAGCCCUGUCCAUCUUCCCAUGAUUCCUGGCUUCUCCCUUCUGUACCCAUCAGAUGGAAAUGGCAGCAUUGUGUGUGUGAUGCCCAGGUCCCAGCGGGGGACACAGCCAACCCAAUCCAUGUUCUUUCUCUUCCUCUUCCCCUUCUGAAGCUUCAGAACUGGCCCAGGGUGCUCUUCCUCACUGGCCCCUCAGUCUUCUAGAUUAGUGUCCUUUUUCUGCUUCUUAUUCACCCCCAUUUUCUUCCUCCCUGGACAUUCCUGUCACUUAGCUCCUAAACACCAGUUUUUCUGCUCCUCCCCCCUUUUUCUUCUGUUCCCUUCCCCAUUACCAGAGAGAGAGGUUGUAAAUAAAAUAUAUUUAUAAUGAUCCCCCACUUGGGAUCCUGUUUACUUUUGGUGGUGUGCUUUCCUCAGCUUGCCACACUGGCUGGGUUUUGCUCCAAACUGGAAUGAUGUUGUUUUUCUCGAGGGUUGUUUCCUAAGGUCCCCAUCUAACUAGAGGGUCCAGCCAGAAACUGGUGCAACCAAACCUGGCCUAGGGGCUGUCCCUCAACCUGGCAUAGGGUUUUUCAGGUUCCAACCAGUCUACCUUCUAGGAGAACAGGAACCCCCACCUCCCUGUACUUCUGCACACUGUUCCUCUGGAUUAUGUAUGCUAUUUAGACUUUGAGAGUCUUCUAUAUAAAUGCAAGUAUUAACCACUGCAUUUGUACAGUGCUGUCUCCUAUACUGGAUCCCACACCAAAGUCAAAAGAAGGAAACAGGCUUAGAAGGGUCCAAGUGACUUCUUUGAAGUCCCUGUUAAUAGCUGGACCUAGAACUAGGUGUGCCAAGGCCACAGCAUGCCCAGAACCUCGCUCUGUGUGUUGGUAUUAGCUUUGGACUUCUUGUUGGACAGUGGACAGUUGCUAGGGAAGUGUGGAUCCAGCUCGGGGUUUGCUGGGGAUGGAAUCCAAGAUGUGGGCAGAGGAGGGCGCCAGUGGGUGGGAAAAGGUGGGCAAAGGGAACAGCUACUGUCACUAUUCACAGCUCCAGCUCUGUGGCUACGCUGCUCUGCCUUGGCUGCCUCCUGCCCCUUCCUUGCCAUUUCCACCAUGGCCGUAUGGCAAUAAAAUGGACCUUUUGCCCA